GCGGUGACACCUUAACUCGGCAAGGACUGGACUUGUAAGAAUCACAUCCGUCACUCCGUGCGCUUUACAACAAUGUAUAACCGCUUGCAAAGACAGUCUACACACUCGUACUGGUGACCUCAAAAAUAUUUUCCUCCUGCCAAAGAAUGAUUUCGUUGAAUGAGGGGUUCGUUCCGUUGGAAUGCCGUAAGGGACACAGGAGCGGCGUUAGCAGCAGGCCAGGAGGAACGUCGACAUGUCGCUGCAGCAUCAGCGUGACGGAGACUGAGAGCCGUGUCCUGAACAGGGUGGAUGUGAGAGAGAGAGAGAGAGAGAGAGAGAGAGCGAGAGCGAGCGAGCGAGCGCACGUACGUACGCGUCCAGCUUCACAGUCCGACACAUUGACUGUAACCUUGUCCUGCCUCCUUCGAAAACUAGAGGUCGCGUGUCUUUGCUCCGAUGCAUUAUGUGACUGCAGGUGGCGGGAGGAGGACGCACUGUGUCCGUUCACGAGGCUGAGAUGCGGGGUGCGCGCCGGGGGGUCGGGGGUCGGGGGAGGGGGUGGACACCAGCGAGCCGCCGCUGCACGCCCGGACUCCACGCACUGCCACGACACACACACACACACACUGAAGGACAAAACAGACUAAACUGAUGGAGAACAUGAUGAAGUAAACAUCAUUUUCCGGUCUCCUCCUUCUUUCGGCAUCUGCUGCCGUGCACUUGUUUACUGUGCUGGAGACGCGUUGAUUUAUCUGUGUUUUGCAAAAUAAACACGGCAGUUGACAGUCGCGCCGAGGACGCGGGACGAGCGCUCGCUGGCUGUGUGCGGACGCCGGACGCUGCACUGACACGGUCCCCGCAGCCCGCGCUGUUCGGGCUACAGCAGUCGAGUUUGCGGGGCUCUGCGGGGUUCUGCGGGACUCCCGUCCGCUCCCGUUUGCUGCCGUCUGCUCGCUUCGCACCUCCAGCUCUGCGGAUAUGCAGCAGGCAUCGUCCGCCCCGCUGUUCCCGACCUGAGGGCUCUGGUCCGGUAGGACUCGAUGGACAUGACCGCUGCUUGUGUAGCAAACCAUAACAAAUAUUUAAAGUGGUUCUUUGUUUACACCGAAUCCGCGGAUCCAAUGCAUUAGACUGCGGGUGAUUUUUUUUUUUUGUUUGUUUGUUUGUUUCGAUCAUUCCAUCUGGCUUUAAAAUUAGUGCACGGUUACCUGCCUUAUUAAAAAUCUCCGUUUUUUUUUUCCUGUCUGUGGCUGUGCACCGUCCGGAUAAUUGCUUGCGUCGCGAGCGGAUGAUCUGAAAGUUGCGCGAGGUGUGCGCGUGGCGGGGAGGGUGAUGGGUGGGUGUCGGCGGCUGAUAACGCGGACUUAGCGGCGUCCCGUCGUGUCACAUCCACGCGAUUAGAUGCACGGGCGACCUCGUUUAGAACGGGGCUGUGUUCCGCUCCGAGUUAGCGAAGGCUGUCAUGUGAAAGCAGGACGGAGCUGCUUUGACAGGUGUGGUGAGUGACUCGAGUCUGUCACGUGGGACAGCGAAAGCAACACUGCUCAUCUGAAGAAGGAGUCGAAUGUGUGCGAUGUAUACACUCAGUAGUAACAGUAACACUCUUCGUAGGGCGCGAUCCCGCAGCGACUUCGCGGCAGUAGUCAGGGCGGCUCUCACUUCAGUAUCUGAAGGUUGCCGGUUCGAAUCCCCCUCCCGCUGUAGCAACCCUUGAUCGAGAUACUUCUUGCCCUGAAUUGAUAGUGUAAGCAUACUCUGCUGUUUGGUAAGUUGUUGUAACAUCUAGCAUUGUAAGUCGCCGUGAAUAAGAGCGCUGUGUAAAUAAAUAUUAUUAAUAAUAAAUGUCUCCCUGAGUUAUUACAGCAACGGUACCAAAUUUCAGUUUGGGCACGUUUUCAUGAUUUCCCGUUGAAUUGCUCCGGACAACAGAAACACCCUUUACACCUAAACAGAGAUAUAAAUACAGAUUUAUUUUUAUAUAUUGUAAGAUAUUCUAUGCACAAGCGAGAGAUGCUUUACUCAGUUUGAGACAUUCAGGAAACAAUCUAUGCAUUAGGUAGGGACUUGAUGUAGAGUAAAGCAGGAAGGCAGUUUUUAUGAGUUGGUGGCAGAGCAGGUGUGACGCACCAUGGGGACCAAGCAGACGAAAGGCGCGGGACCGGAGGCCGGCGCGAGCCCGCAGCAUGCGCCCUGGAAGCGCACGCCCACAAAGGAGCGCGGCGACAUCUUCGCCUCCCUCAUGCUGAGGUCUGGGGACCGGCUCGGCAGGGGGGGAACUCCGCCCCCGUACCAGCGAAGGAUCGGCAUGAUCCAGGAGAUGAUGAUGAUGGCCAAGCAGGGGAAACAGGACGAGGCUACGGAGAUGCUGAAGACUCUUCGACAGGACCUGGGUAUGGAAUCAACCUCCCUGGAUGAUGUGCUGUACCGCUACGCCAGCUUCCGCAACCUGGUGGACCCCAUCACUCACGACCUCAUCAUCAGUCUGGCGCGCUACAUCCACUGCCCCAAAGCGCGACAGAGUGAGACGCCAGGAAUAGCAGGGAAAUUCAGGGUGACAGUGGAGAAGAAAGGGAGAGCACGAGGAAGAAAGAAUGGAGGAAAAUCAGGGCAGGAGAAAGGAGAGCAGAUACUGUAUAUUAAAAUGGAAGGGGACGCCUUGACCUCCAUGGAGAAGGUGUGCCGACAGCUGACGUACCACCUGAGCCCUCACUCUCGGUGGCGACGGCAGGGCCUGCUCAAGAGGAAGCCCCAGGCCUGUCUGAAGGCAGUUCUGGCGAUGCCCCCUGCUGGUGACACGCUGGACCUGUCGGGGAUUCCCCUGGUGGCACGUGACAUGGAGCGCCUGUCUGCCUACCUGCAGCGCCACGCAGCCCGAGUGCGAAGCCUGGAGCUGGGCUUCACCGAGCUCACGGAUGAGGCUUUCCUGCUGCUGCUGCCUGCCCUGGCUGCGUUGCCCAGCCUGGAGACCCUGGCUCUUAACGGCAACCGCCUGACACGCACCAUCCUCCGUGAGCUCACCGAUGCCCUGAAGGACCCGGGAAGCUUCCCCAGUGUCACCUGGAUCGAUCUGGGCAACAACGUGGACAUCUUCUCCCUGCCGCAGCCCUUCCUGGUGGGCCUACGUAAGCGCUGCCCGAAGCAGGGUAAUCUGCCCACUAUCCUGGAGUUUGGGGAGAGCCAGGCCAGCGAACCCGAGAGCCGGGCAGACGGCGAUGACGCCGCUGACGAGGGCACCAGGACGGAGAGCACGGGGGAGCUCAGGUCUGAGGUGGAGGGAGAGAUAGAUGCAGAGAUGGAAAUAGAGGAGAUGAUGGAGGAGCUGCGGGACUUUGACCGAGAGGUACAGGGGAGGGAGGACGAGAUGGAGGAGGACAGCAUGUGGACGCUGGAGGAGCGUGGGAAAGGCAAGGAGGUGGUUAAAGAGCAGAGCAAGGCAGAGAGGGCAGCCAAAGCCGAGGAGGAGGAUGACACCCAGAGCGGCUCAUCCCAGCUGUCCUGUUCCAGCCAAUCACAGCAGUCCUCGUCGCAGGCUGUACGAGUGAAAGGUGAUGCAGAGGACCAGGUCGUUGUCCACAGCAGCAACCAGACCUGAAACUACUGUGGUCAACUGUUCGUGUUUUCUUCCUUCUGGUAUUACGUCUAAUUCAGAUCAAGAAUGAAAAGGGGAGGAAUGUAGUGGAACAUAAACGAGGAAAAUAAAGUGGAACCUCCCCGUCUUGUCCAGUCCCGGAGUCAUUUUGUCCGGAGAAGCUGUCGGGAUACUACGAUGGGACACUGGGCAAGAUUAUCCAUAGGGUUAUUGUUCCUCUCCGUAGUAUCAUUAGACUACACAUAUGAGAUAUAAGCAAUGGAAUCAGUCCUCUCUAGUUAUGGUUGUCACCCAAACCAGUGUUAAUCUGGUUCUUCUUUCUCAACUGGAGGUCCGGUGCAGGCGUGUCUCAUUGCCACGCCCUCGACCACGAAGAAAGCAAGAGGACCCCUGGGUCUUGCAAACGUUUGCCAGUACGCCAUUGUCCUUCCUGCACAAGCCCCAAAUGCCUGUGAGUAAUGGUGCUGCACGGACCAGCGCUUGAGUUCUCCCCCUGCCGUCGCUGGAAGGCACGAGGAACAAAUCUGCAUUUGCAUAAAUCCGAAUCUAGCAGGACGUGGUGUGUGAAACUGUCAGUGUGCGCUCUGGGAGUGUCCUCAGUUGGCUGAAACUGGGACUGAGCACACCGAGCUGCUGGGGGGGGAUCCACCUCUGUGUGUCAGCUGUGUAACGAGUGGGAGGAAUUAAUGAGAAUGACCAGGGUAAGAGGUGGAGCUGCAGAGCAGGAAAUGAUAUAAUCGCUUUAAGCAGAGCCUGUAUCCAGUUUGCAUCAGAAAAGUAAACAGUUACCAUUUUUGGCCAUUUAAGAAAACCACAGCAGUGUAUAUUUAAUAUGAAGACCCGAAUCUGAAUCAUAUUUUUUUCAGUGUCAGAAUACACCGCUUCCUUUUAAAAUAUAUAAAUUAUCACUGUUUCCACCUUCUGUGUAUUCCAUAUGGUAUAAAAAGAAGCAUUAUUUUAAUAUUUAAGUGUAUAUUCACGUUUUGGAACAUAUCUUUUAUUUUCAUAAAGGCCUGUUUAUUCAACACUGAGGAUAGCAUUGUGUCACCAUGUGGUAAAUACCCUGCAGAUUAGCAGUGAUACGUUCAGCCUUUUUUAGUGUGUAAUGUUAGUGCAUGUGGCACACACUGUACAGUCUUCUGUGUAUAUUCCUCUCAGUGUCUGCGAUUUCUGUUGUUAUUGUCAUUUAAUGCAUCUUUCAUUCAGAGAAAGGUCUGAAGACCUUACAAUAAUGUCUUUACCAGUGUGCAGUUAUAAAUGUAGUGGAACUACAUUUUUACCUUGCUACCAUUUCCUUUACUUGACUUAAAUGUUUUCUACAAGUACAUCCCCAUAAUGUUAUGACACCGAUUAAAAAUGCAUUGAACCUAAAAAGCUG